AUGGCGACUAUCCACGGCUCGUGGAGGCAAAGACUCGACUCGAGCGAGAUCCGUCGCUCUUCGCAGAUCGCAGCGGUCGUCAAUGAGAGUUUGGUUGUCUUCGGAGGCGAGCUCAAGCCUCGCCAGCCCGUCGAUAACAAGCUCUACCGCAUUCCGUUGAACGCAUCGUCGAAACCAGACGACAUCAGCCCGCAGGAAAUCACAGCCGCUCCAUCUCCCCGAGUAGGGUCUGCAUCCACUGUACUAAAUGGGAGAAUCUAUCUAUUCUCUGGCCGUGGCGGGGAAGCCAUGGCUCCGAUUGAAGAACACGGCGUACUGCACGUCCUCAACGAGAGUGGCAACGGUUGGUCAACGAUCAAGCCAUCCGACGCUCAAGCGCCCAUCCCGCCGGCGAGAUCUUAUCAUGCCAUGACGAGCAACGACGACAACACCAUCUUCCUGCACGCCGGAUGUCCUGAAAAAGGCCGUCUCUCGGAUCUCUGGUCGUUCGACCUCAGCACAAACAAAUGGACUCAGCACGCCGAUGCGCCUGGCCCGGCGAGAGGAGGUACCAGCAUCGCAUGGCUCAAUGGCAAGCUAUACCGCAUGAACGGCUUCGACGGAGAACACGAGCAGGGCUUCGCCCUCGACGUCUACAACUUGCAGAGCGACCGCUGGACGACAAAGACCUGGGACACGCAAUCGGGCCCUGCGGCUCGGAGUGUGAGUACGCUGCUUGCACUCCAGAUUGGAGGCAAGGAUAUGCUGCUUACUAUGUUUGGGGAGUGUGAUCCGAGUAGUCUGGGCCAUCAGGGGGCGGGCAGGAUGCUGGGUGAUGUUUGGGCUUAUGAUGUUGCGAAUGACGAGUGGAGGCGGGUGGAGGCUGAAGGAAGUACGCCGGCGUCGAGAGGAUGGUUUGCUGCGGAUAGGACGGCGGGGAAGAAUGGUGUGGUUGUUCAGGGAGGGUUGGCGGAGGAUAACACGCGCAUGGGAGAUGUCUGGGUGUUGGCGUUCUAG